GCGGCGGCGGCGGCGGCGGCGGCGGGGGAAGGAUGCAGGGGAAGAAGCCGGGCGGCUCGUCGGGCGGCGGCCGGAGCGGCGAGCUGCAGGGGGACGAGGGGCAGAGGAACAAGAAGAAGAAAAAGAAGGUGUCCUGCUUCUCUAACAUCAAGAUCUUCCUGGUGUCCGAGUGCGCCCUGAUGCUGGCGCAGGGCACGGUGGGCGCCUACCUGGUGAGCGUCCUGACCACCCUGGAGCGGAGGUUCAACCUGCAGAGCGCCGACGUGGGCGUGAUCGCCAGCAGCUUCGAGAUCGGGAACCUGGCGCUCAUCCUCUUCGUGAGCUACUUCGGGGCGCGCGGGCACAGGCCGCGCCUCAUCGGCUGCGGCGGUAUCGUCAUGGCCCUGGGCGCGCUGCUGUCGGCGCUGCCCGAGUUCCUGACCCACCAGUACAAGUACGAGGCGGGUGAGAUCCGCUGGGGCGCCGAGGGCCGCGACGUCUGCGCCGCCAACGGCUCGGGCGGCGACCAGGGCCCCGACCCGGACCUCAUCUGCCGCAGCCGGACCGCCACCAACAUGAUGUACUUGCUGCUCAUUGGGGCCCAGGUGCUCCUGGGCAUCGGUGCUACCCCCGUGCAGCCCCUGGGCGUCUCCUACAUCGACGACCACGUGCGGAGGAAGGACUCCUCGCUCUACAUAGGAAUCCUUUUCACGAUGCUGGUAUUUGGACCAGCCUGUGGAUUUAUCCUAGGCUCUUUCUGUACCAAAAUCUACGUGGAUGCAGUCUUCAUUGACACAAGUAACCUGGACAUCACUCCGGACGACCCCCGCUGGAUCGGAGCCUGGUGGGGCGGCUUUCUGCUCUGCGGUGCCUUACUCUUCUUCUCUUCCCUCUUGAUGUUCGGGUUUCCACAGUCUCUGCCCCCACACUCAGACCCUGCCAUGGAGAGCGAGCAGGCCAUGCUCCCCGAAAGAGAAUAUGAGAGACCCAAGCCCAGCAACGGGGUCCUGAGGCACCCCCUGGAGCCGGACAGCAGCGCCUCCUGCUUCCAGCAGUUGAAAGUGAUCCCGAAGGUCACCAAGCACCUGCUCUCGAACCCUGUGUUCACCUGCAUCAUCCUGGCCGCCUGCAUGGAGAUUGCAGUGGUGGCUGGCUUCGCUGCCUUCUUGGGAAAGUACCUGGAGCAGCAGUUUAACCUUACCACCUCUUCUGCCAACCAGCUGCUCGGGAUGACUGCAAUCCCAUGUGCCUGCCUGGGGAUCUUCUUGGGCGGUCUCCUGGUGAAAAAGCUCAGUCUUUCUGCCCUCGGGGCCAUUCGGAUGGCCAUGCUCGUCAACCUGGUGUCCACAGCUUGCUAUGUCUCCUUCCUCUUCCUCGGCUGUGACACAGGCCCCGUGGCUGGGGUUACUGUUCCCUAUGGAAACACCUCAGCGCCGGGCUUGGCCCUGGACCCCUACUCGCCCUGCAAUAAAAACUGUGAAUGCCAAACCGAUUCCUUCACUCCAGUGUGUGGGGCAGAUGGCAUUACGUACCUGUCUGCCUGCUUUGCUGGCUGCAGCAGCACGAAUCUCACCGGCUGUGCGUGCCUCACGACUGUCCCACCCGAGAACACGACUGUGGUUCCCGGAAAGUGCCCCAGUCCCGGGUGCCAAGAGGCCUUCCUCACCUUCCUGUGUGUGAUGUGUGUCUGCAGCAUGAUCGGGGCAAUGGCGCAGACACCCUCGGUCAUCAUCCUUAUCAGGACAGUCAGCCCUGAACUCAAGUCUUACGCCCUGGGAGUCCUGUUCCUCCUCCUUCGUUUGUUGGGCUUCAUCCCCCCUCCCCUCAUCUUCGGGGCUGGCAUCGACUCCACCUGCCUGUUCUGGAGCACCUUCUGCGGGGAGCAAGGCGCCUGCGUCCUGUAUGACAACGUGGCCUACAGAUACUUGUACGUCAGCAUCGCCAUCGUGCUGAAGUCGUCCGCCUUCGUCCUCUAUACUACCACAUGGCAGUGCCUGAGGAAAAACUAUAAACGCUACAUCAAAAACCACGAAGGCGGGCUGAGCACCAGUGAGUUCUUUGCCUCUACUCUGACCCUAGACAAUCUGGGGAGGGACCCUGUGCCCGCAAGCCAGACCCAUAGGACAAAAUUUAUCUAUAACCUUGAAGAUCAUGAGUGGUGUGAAAACAUGGAGUCCGUUUUAUAGUGACGAAAGGAGGUUGAACUCUGUAUUAGUAAUCAAAGGGUCAUUUUUCCUAAAAAAAAAAAAAAAAAGUUUCCAAAAAAAAAAAAACCCACAAACUCAG